AUGCUCCGAUCCCCUUGCGUCUCGGUGUUGCGGCGCACCCCUCGCCUCGUCCCACCUCUUCCCGUGAGACCGGCCUCCUCUCUCACCGCAACCAUCACCGACACCAGCGUCUCUCACGACAGACAGGACUCAGCAGCCGCAAAGUGUCCAGAACCAUCUGCCCAAAAUCACAAGCGCCCAAAGGACAGCUCGAGGCGCAGGCGCCACGAAGCUCAUCAGCGCCAUGCCGCCUGGCUCGCCGAGAGGCCCACCUUGCAGAGCGUCACCAUCAAACUCGCAGCCCAACAGCAGAUCCAGCCGGCUCGCUCCUUGGAACAGCUCUUCGACCGAUGGGACCACGAACGACUACAAUCGGAAUCGGCGAGCCACACACCCGGCCAGAGCCAAGAGGAGAUUCUCCUCCGCCGAAAGCUGCACGAGCACAACCUCUCCGAGGCCGACUGGAUGUCGAUGCUCAACGCCGUCUCGGCCGCCACCUGGCCAGAGGUGCGCUCUUGCAUGUACGCCUUCCCCACCGAGGACUGGCCUUCGUUCGUCCUCCACCACGGCAUCCGUGCCGUCAGCACGCCCAGCGAGGCCUCCGAUGCCCUUGCCGUCAUUCUCUGCAGGGUCUCGACCGCCAAACCCAAACGCAUGGUCGCCAUAUUCUCCCUCUUUGCGCGCAAGGUGCUCUACGAGAUGCCCGCGCUUCACCUCUGCAGCCGCCUGACCGACCUCUUCCUGGACAUGGCUGCGUCCCAGCCCCAGGGAGAAGCCUACCCUCCGCAAUUCCUCGACGAGACCUGCGUCCUUCUCGCGAGACACCUGGCAAGACACGACGACCAGAGAGCGCGCGACGCUGCUAUGCGCCUCUUGGACUGGUCCGAGAGCAGGAAAAAGGGAGCGCCUCUGCAACAGCAGCUGUGCGCCAUAUUUCUGCGAAUCGACCGCACGCCGCCCGAGUUCCUUGGCGCCCGCGGCGUAAGCCUCGGCUUGGCAGAAGCUCGGCGUCUGGACGAGAUCGAUGCGUUCAGGUCAAGUCGCUUCCUCACCACGGAGCUUGCUGAGCGGCUCCUCCAAAGGCUUCCUCGGGCGAGCGGCGGAGCGUUGCGGCGGAGGGCUCUGCGCAACGCAAUCCUUGCCGCCGGUCGGGACCAUUACCACGCUAUGGCCAGAAGGUGGUUCGACGACUUGUGUUUGGAUUCAAAAAGGCAGGGAAGGCCCAUCAGGCGCGAUCCCGGCCAUGAGCUGGUCGACUCACGAGGCUCACUCUGGGAUCUCGAGAUCUAUAUGCGGGCCAUGGCUCGAGCCCAGCGCGACGACGACAGGACUGCCGCCAAUGCGCUCAACCAGCUGCAGCUCCUUCUUGAGACCAAGGAUGAGACGGGCAACCUGACCGUCGCAGGGAAGCGCACCUGGGACACGAUGGUCGUCUUUGUUUCGAGCGACGAGCGGGCACCCCUCGAGAGGACGCUGGCUAUGCUGGGCAUACAACUGCAGGCAGAUGAGACGCCUGACUCUCCGACGGGCCAACGGACGAGGCGGCCGGACAUCGAGGUCAUCAACAUGCUCGAUGCUUCCAUGAAGAUCAUCAACCAAUUCGGCCGGAAGCAGCGCUCGUACACCCUCGUCAUGGACGGGCUUAUGCGUCGCAAACAGUACACCGGCGUGCUGGCCGUGUGGCAGGCCAUGCUCCGGCGACAGGUGAAGCCGUCGCCGGCAUCGAUGACAAUCCUGCUGCAGGCGCUGUUCGCGUUGGGACAGCCUGCCAAGGCGCUCGAGCAGAUGCGACAGUGGUGCGAACAAGGCGUCGACAUGACCGCCGUGACACCGGUGAUCGGCGCGCCUCUGGUGUUGUCGCGAGCCAGCCUGGAGAGUCCCGUCGAGGGUCUGCUCCACGUGCCGGCGCUCCCCUCGAACCUCGAGGCAGGCGGCGAGGCGGUCCAGCUCGAGCGCAAACGCGUAUCACCGGACCUCAUGAUGGCCACGGCGCUCUUUGAGGGGCUCUACCGGGCCCGCCUCACCGACGCCACCUUUUCCAUCUGGACCUUGAUCAGAAAGACGCUCGGCGUGGCCCCGGACGCUCCGAUCCUGGCCAUCCUGCUCAAGUCGGCGUGCGGCUGCAGCGACGUCUCCAUCCCGGCGCCGACCCCGGAGGCCCCUGCGAAGCUGACGCCGCCGGUGGCCAAGUUGAUCUUCUGCAAGGUCCUCCUGCUGCAGCAUGCCGAGCUCAAGGACUGCUCCAUCCGACCCAUGCUCAGAGGUCGAGGCGCCGACCUGCUCGGGGCCGGGGCGAGCUGGAUCCUGCGCAGCGAGCUAGGGAUGCGCACCAUGGAGCGAUGGGUGAGCGACCGCGUCUUGCGCCUCGUUGGCGCCAAAGGUGCGGCCCGCGGCGCCGACCCGUCCAUUCCCAAUACUUCCCUCCAACGCCGGCCUGACGGAGGGGACGCGACGGAGCAGAUCGACUUUACCGUCACCUUUUCGCCGGAGCUCUUCGACCACUACCUCCGCCUCUUGCUCUACAUCCAGCUGCAACCUGCCAGGGGCUUGUUCGGCGGCGGCGGUGGCGCCGAGGACGGGGAGCGCGGAGGCCGGGUGGAGUCAGAGGGCCACAUCGAGGAGCUGCUGCUCAUCCUAUCCUGGAUGCGCACGCUGGAAGUCACUCCGCUGCGGCGCACCAUCGCAUCCAUCUGCCUCGAGCUCGAGGAAGCCCUACCGCCUCUCUCCCUCUCCUCGUCGGCAUCGUCGGCCUCCUCGCCAUCCUCGUCCGGCAGCGACGAAGGUACGCAACCAGGGAAACCGGGCGCCUCUUCGCCCUCAUUCGACUCGGCGCAGCACGUCCCAGCCGACUUGCGCCCUCUGCGCGAGAAUGCCGGUCUGCUCGCCGACUGGCUGCGCGAGUGGAGGGGCGAGGAGGCCUGGCCGACGGAUCGCGAGAUGCGCACCGCCUACAAGUGGAAGAUGCAGCGCACCCGGGCGGCCGAACGCGGCGGCGGUACGGAGUGGGAAGAACGCAGGAGGUGGUUCAGCUUCCGACCUACGCUCGAGGACGAGGCGAGGUGGCACAGGGAGCGUCGGGAGAGGGAGGACGACUUCUUUACGGGUCGAGCGUAA